AGGGGUGCUCGACUCUACAGCAUCUGCUGCAAAAUUAAUUGUAUUAAUUGCCAGUUGUGGAGAGAAACACUUCCAUUUUUAUUUCAGCUGUUAGCAACAUUUAUUUCGACUGUUGUGAGGUUGUUGGAGCGAUCAGGGAAACAUCUGGCGACAUCCAGCCUAGUUCAUAGGAGGAAGUGAUAGUAUCGAAGUCGACCGUCGAGCUAGCAAACCAAGUAACCUAGUACAUUGAUUACAAUGUCGGACACGGGGGACGGAAAGUUAGAAGUGAAGCAGGCUAGUAAAGAGGUGAAGGAGAGUGAAAAUGUGGCGGAAAAAUACUCAGCGAUGACAGUUAGCAAGAAUACCGAAGCAAACAUGGGGGAUUUGUCAUCUGCCUUCAGCGCUGUCACAGCACAUAAACCUGUCAAAAAGCAAAUCCAGUUUGUGGAGGACAAACAGGAGUUCAGCAGGUUCCCCACCAAGACUGGCCGUCGCUCCCUGUCCAGAUCCAUCUCCCAGUCCUCCACUGACAGCUACAGCUCAGCUGCGUCCUACACAGACAGCUCUGAUGAUGAGACUUCUCCUCGUGACAAGACACAGGCCAACUCCAAGGGUAACAGUGAUUUCUGUGUGAAGAACAUCAAACAGGCUGAGUUUGGCCGCCGUGAGAUCGAGAUAGCUGAACAAGACAUGUCUGCGCUCAUAGCUCUGAGGAAGAGAGCUCAAGGAGAGAAACCGCUGGCGGGAGCUAAAAUUGUGGGCUGCACUCACAUCACAGCCCAGACUGCUGUCCUGAUCGAGACGCUGGUGGCUUUAGGGGCUCAGUGUCGCUGGACUGCCUGUAACAUCUACUCCACACAGAACGAAGUUGCCGCUGCCUUAUCCGAGGCUGGCGUGGCCGUAUUUGCCUGGAAGGGGGAAUCAGAGGAUGAUUUCUGGUGGUGCAUUGACCGUUGUGUUAACGUGGAAGGUUGGCAGCCAAACAUGAUCCUGGAUGAUGGUGGAGACCUCACUCACUGGGUGUAUAAGAAAUACCCUAGUGUUUUUAAAAAGAUUCGAGGUAUUGUGGAAGAGAGUGUUACUGGAGUGCACAGGCUGUAUCAACUGUCCAAGGCAGGCAAACUUUCUGUACCAGCCAUGAAUGUGAAUGACUCUGUGACCAAGCAGAAAUUUGAUAAUCUGUAUUGCUGUAGGGAAUCCAUACUUGACGGUCUGAAGAGGACCACAGACGUGAUGUUUGGAGGAAAGCAGGUGGUUGUGUGUGGUUAUGGAGAGGUAGGAAAAGGUUGCUGCGCUGCUCUGAAGGCUCUGGGAGCUAUAGUCUACAUCACAGAGAUAGAUCCCAUCUGUGCCCUGCAGGCCUGCAUGGACGGCUUUCGAGUAGUCAAGCUUAAUGAGGUCAUUCGACAGGUGGACGUCAUCAUUACAUGCACUGGCAAUAAGAAUGUGGUAACCAGAGACCAACUGGAUCGUAUGAAGAAUGGCUCCAUUGUGUGUAACAUGGGGCACUCCAACACCGAGAUUGAUGUGGCCAGUCUGAGGACCCCAGAGCUUACAUGGGAGAGAGUUCGCUCUCAGGUAGACCAUGUCAUCUGGCCUGAUGGCAAGAGGGUCAUUUUACUGGCAGAGGGUCGCCUGUUAAACCUCAGCUGUUCAACCGUUCCUACCUUUGUCUUGUCAAUCACAGCCACAACUCAGGCCCUUGCUCUAAUUGAACUGUAUAAUGCCCCAGAGGGUCGCUAUAAGCAGGAUGUCUACUUGCUUCCCAAGAAGAUGGAUGAAUAUGUGGCCAGCUUGCACCUGCCCACGUUUGAUGCCCAUCUGACAGAACUGACAGAUGAACAGGCUAAGUAUCUGGGGCUGAACAAGAAUGGUCCUUUUAAACCAAACUACUACAGGUAUUGAUUUCAAAGAAUGGACCAGCACAUCUUUACAUUGUGGGCAGGACCUUGUUUGACCAAUGAAAAACAUGCUUUUUAAACUAUUCGUGUAGUACUUUUUACUGAACACCAAGCUAAUAAUCUUGAGCAAGAUAUUGUUCUAGUUAACAAGCCAUUUUGUACAGUAAGCAAAUUUCACUCUUUUUUUCACCAAGUACUACACUUGUACACACACUCCUUCUAAGCAAUCAGUAUCCUUAGACCAUUGCUGUAGAGUUGGCAAAACACCACUUAAAUGUUGCUGUUGAUUUUGUUUGGUUUUCAUAGUUCCUCCCUGUAGAUAAUGCUUAAUUACAAUAAUAAAAUGAAAUAGUAGAAUACGGUGCCAAAUGUUUAGGCGAGGAGGAAGGGAAUGAUUGAGAUUUAUUUUCUUUCUGUUACUCUCUGUUUUUCUUUCUAAACUACACAUUCCAUUUACACGGAUUGGAAUCAAUUCAACUCUCAUGUGUAAAUCAGUUUUCCAAUUCAAUCAGUUCUGUUUUUGACUUAAAAUUGUUUUUUUUUUAAUGUAUUUGUUCUAAUCCAGUCUCACUGUUGAGCGGUCAGCCAAAAGAAACAUACAUCCAGAAAUGUUAAACUCAGUUGGACCUUCAUUUGCAUAUGAGGGCUCUGUGUUGUUUUUGGAAUGGCCCAAAAUAGACACCUCUGUGAGACUGCAAGUACCUCGUGUUUCGAAAACAUGCUGUUCUUAUUUUAGUUCAUUUUGAAGACAUUUCUUUUUUUCGUAAUGUUGGAUCUUAAAAUAAAUGUAAUAAUUAUAAUUUGUAUCAGGCACUUAACUACAAUUGCUGCCUCAGUCUUAGAAUAUUGAAGAGUUCUCUGACUGUUAGAACAGUUCCAGCCCUCUGGUUGUGUAUUACUCUGUGUAAUGUGUGCUUCAGAAUCAAACAAAAAAAAAUGUGAUUGUACAAUGAAACAUGUCAAGAUUAAUCACUUUGAAUGUUCGUAGAUUUUUAUAUAACUGUUUUAAUGCUCUUAAAAUAUUUCCUUUUUUUUUGUUUGUGAUCACCACAAGAUCCUUCUGUGAUUGUUUCUCUCUUUCUUCGUGGAUGUAUCAUUUUAUAUACCACCACAUGAUUGAAAGAUGACGCCUUGAUUCAGCUAAUGAAUUUAUUUGGAAGCUGUAAUGGAUUUGAAGGAGGGAAAUCAUUUUGCUUUGCUAAGCUGGCCACUGACAUAACAGUUCCAUAACCUUAAAGCAGUUGUACUUAGGGCUUGACCUACUGUUAAUGCAGUAGAUCCUAAAUGGCUGGUGUUUUAUUUUGCUCCAAACAGACAGUAUUGAUUUAUUUCUGUUGACGGUUGUCGUGCUCUAUGCCUGCUGAAAGGACUAAAGCCAAACCCCCCUGGGUGUGAUGGAUACAGCCAUAGGAUAUUAUGCAGCUGAUGUGUGACUGACUCACACUGAAUGAAUGUUCUGUCAUUAUAGUCCUGUAUUUUAUCAGCAGCAUACUCGUCAAAACAUAUUUAACGUGUAACGGCUGGAACAUAUUGUAAUGGAUGGAUAAUAUUUCUUGAAUAAUGGAACAACGCUUUGGUUUUGUUUCGUGUUGAAGGCAUGUUAUGCUGUCUUUGCCUGUGGUGCAAGAUGACUUGUAUCCAUCUUGCCUACAGUGCAAGCUGACUUAUAUUCAAGCAUGAGCAAGGAUUUGGUUUGAGCCUUUGUCAGCACUGUAUGCUUGGCUGUCGUGUCUCUGUAGUCUACUGCUAGAAGUUUCAUGUUGCACAGAAUUUCAGUGGGAGCUCAGUUUACCGGUCGGUUUUGAAGGAAGGCUUUCUUUGUGUCAAGGUGAAUGAAGCAGUGAAAGGCUCAGUGCCUUCUUAGCAUUCUGCUGUAAAUUCCUCAUGUUUUCUUCGCUAUGUGCUGGUUCUCAACAAGAGGGCAAAAUUACAGUAUUUUCAUCCUGUAGCCCUCCUUUCCACUACCCUCUCAUGUUUUCAGGUGUACCUGUUGUGGUUUGUUUUGUUUUUAUCUGAAACUGUUGACACCACUAUAAAUGUAUGGUUUGGGUUCAUUGGCAUUUGACCUGUUAACAGAGAAUGUUAGCAAUCUUGUACCCUGUGUCUAUAUGUUAUUGAUUGGAUGAUAUUAAUAUUAAAACACUGAAGUUAUAUAAUAUAAUGAGAAUAUACUGAUAUAAAUGACAGUAGAUUUAGCAUCAUUGCAUACCAUAAUAGUUAACAGAAAGUCAUUUUAUGGUUAUAAUGACCACAUUGGCAUUGUAAUCCUAUACAAAGAGCUGUUAUUCCCUUGAUUUGAUUUUCCCCCCCAACAAGGUACACAAAACUGCCAAUAAAAUACAAUAAUAUUAUUAAUCCUUCCUGCAUGCCUUGAAGUGCACUUUCUGGAAGACAAAUAUAUGAUUCCUAGGUUUGAUAUUAUCUACCUUUAGAUUUCUCAGCACAUUGUUAAUUGUAACAAAAUUUAGGUUUUUAACACUGAUAUAAUGCUUGUACGUAACAGCUAUUUUUGUCAGCGACACUGUAUCUAGAACUGCACCGUUUAUUCUAGCAUGUACACUAAUUGUGAGAAGGACCUAAAAAUAUUACUGUUGUACCACUCAAAACAACUAUCACUGUGAUGCACCCGACGUGUCGAUGAGCCCACGUCUUCCUUUUACAAAAUCUACGUUUCAUCUGGGAAUUUUCAUGUGUCUCAGUUUAGCCUUGCUAGUGAAGUUAUAGCUCCUGUGUACAAUUAUUAUAUGAUAGCAUCAAUUAUAAGAAGCCUGAUUAAUUGAAAGACAUGCACAAACAUGCAAUAUAU